UGAAUGGCGCUAGGAUUUCAACUGAAUUAGAGCUUCUCUCUGACUAUCUUUCAAUUGAAAUGAACUUAUCGGCAACUUUUCGCGGGAAUUUCGUCCCCUUAUCACAGUGCAGUUCUUGCUGCGAUCUUCGUAUUCAGCCUUAUUUGGCUGCUUCGACGGGUUCUUGGCGAAAACGGCACCGUCGUAGAAGCAGUUUGAAGCUCUACCAGGUUUCGAGAAAUUUGAGGAAGCGAGAGGUUGUUUGUAGAUUGAGUGAGACGCAGACCGAACCAGAUAGCAAUAAUGAUGAGGAAAAAGAAGUAAAUGAAAAUGAAGGUGGAGAUUCUGAGGAACCCCAUCUUGAUUCUCAGCCAAUAGUUGUAGACCAAAUAAACAAUGAUGCUGAAACUAAGGCUGAAUUUGGUGUGCAGGAUGUUGAUAAUAAUGUAGAAGUUUCUAGUGGAUCACCUCUGCCAGGUGUGAAGCCACAGCAGGGUGAAUCAAUCCGGAUUCCAAAGGAAACACUUGAUAUUCUUAAGAACCAAGUUUUUGGCUUUGAUACUUUUUUUGUGACAGCCCAGGAUCCAUAUGAGGCUGGAGUACUAUUUAAAGGAAACCUGCGAGGAGUGGCUGCCAAAAGUUACGAAAAGAUAUCAAAGAGAAUGCAGGACAAAUUUGGGGAUGAAUAUAAGCUUUUUCUUCUAGUCAAUCCUGAGGAUGAUCAACCAGUGGCAGUUGUAGUUCCACGAAGGACAUUACAGCCAGAGUCAACUGCGGUCCCAGAAUGGUUUGCAGCUGGUGCUUUUGGAUUGGUCACAUUGUUUACUCUACUUCUUCGAAAUGUUCCUGAAUUGCAAUCCAAUUUACUGUCAGCUUAUGAUAAUCUUGAACUGUUAAAGAAUGGUCUACCUGGAGCAAUAGAAAGGACAUGA